UGCCGAUUUUGGAACCAAUUGUAAGUCAGAGAAUACCGGGGAGGUUAUAGUUCUGGUGUAUUUUCUCCUUCCCUAGGCUAGAAUGAGUACUUUGCAAAGGGUGACCCAAUGGAAUGCAUUUACGAGGGUCUGGCAUCUGUUCGAUGCUAAAUGGCAAAAUCCUUUCGACUCGGCAAAAAUAAUAACAAAGUAUCUUAAAGGGACUUACAAGCCAUUUUACCAUCCUCUCAAUCGAUGCGGCGACAUGGUCGUCGUGAUUAACAGUAAGGAUGUGGCUUUGCCGGGCGAUGAGUGGCGUAAGCGAGUCUACUUCCACCACACUGGCUAUCCAGGUGGUGCGACAUGGACUCUGGCUUGGGAGCUUCACGAAAAAGACCCGACGAUGGUGAUAUACAAGGCGGUGUACAGGAGUAUGAAGGGAAACCUCCAGCGUCGUUACACGAUGAAACAACUGCUCAUAUACCCAGAUGACAAAGUCCCCGAGGACAUCAUGGGGAACAUAACCAACCAGAUACGAGGCCUGCGGCCUGUACCAAAGACACUGCCCUCGUAUGGUGAAAGCGCUAAAGACUUCCCGCGUAUCUGGACACCACCUAAGGACUACAUGCCCAAAUAAUGUACAAAUUUAGUUACCCUCUUGUAAAUAUAGCAUUUCUACUUAUGUUUCAAAAUAUGACGAUAAAAAAAGCUUUUAUUUUUGUCAGUUAAAAUUGAAAAUACAAAUGUGGGCCGACUGACUGUAGUCAGAACGUUUCCACAGCUGCAAAGGGCAGAUAUGAUUACUCAAUACUGUAAUAACAUAUUUUCUGACCAAACUUUGUACAAUUUCACUCAUUUUUUAGUAAAAUAUCUUGAUUUGAUGGAUAAUCAUGAUCAAUAGAUUCAAGUGAUACGCUUCAGUUCUACCAUGGAGCUUAUCAGACACUACAUAAUAACAUA